UUGAGCAACUGCUGUAUUCUGAUGUCAGGAGACAAGAAGCUGUGAAUGCGAAAGAAGAAACGCUGAAGAAAUGGCAAUGAUUUCUCUCUACAUUUGGCUUUCUGCAGUCCUGCUGUCAGUCUCUGUGCACGGAUCAAUGAUUUAUGUUAAUGGGUGGUCAAUGACAAUCGCGGAUGGAGUGAGGGCUGAGGAAGGAGGCUCCGCUGUCUUACCCUGCAGCUUCACCCACCCUGACACUCGCCUCACACUCACCGGCUCAAUCUUAUGGUACAAGGGGAAAUCAUGGUCUUUAAUCUUUAACUGUACAUAUCUUGGUCCAGACCAUUCCCAGGGUGAGCUGUGUGAGAAUGUGAUACAGCGGGACGGUUGGAAUCGAUUCAGAUUCGUGGGGAACCUCAGCAACAAAGAUGCCUCAAUAAUGAUGGAGGGACUGAGCCUGAGGGAUGCUGGUUUCUAUCUGUGUCAUGUGGAGCUCAAUAUUGGCAGAAUUAAAUCAAGGAUUCUAACAAAUCUGGAAGUGAAAGCUGCUCGGGGAAAUGUCCCAGUAGUGAGAGGGACAGAGGGAGAUUUGGUUACUUUACCCUGUAUUUUCAUGGCCAGAGACUCCCACACCCUGACCACUGUUACCUGGAUGAGGAAGGAGCCCUACCAACACAUCGUUACAUUUACAGCCCAAUCACAGGGAACUUGGACAACUGUACACGGUGGAAAUCGGUACGACCUCAUCGGGAACCCAUGGGAGGGAAACGCCUCGAUCAGGAUAAACCAGCUGAAUGUGAGGGACAAUCACACUUAUCUGUGUCAGGUGGAAUACCUGUCAAAACUCAAUUUUCAGUUUUAUCAGUACCUGAUCCAGAAAGAGGUACAGCUGCAGGUCAUACCUGAAACUUUCCCCAUUGUGAUAUUAUGUAUUCCACUUGUGGUGAAACUCCCUCCUCUUCUGGUGAUGUGGAUCAUUUUAUACAAGCAAAAAACCAGAAGGUCGAACAGUGUCAAUAUUGCACACAAAUACUGGUGCGUGUGUGUGACAGACAGAGAGAGAGAGAGAGAGAGAGAGAAUAUCCUAUGGGAACGGCCACUUAUUGUAUCUGAAGAUGCUGCCAGACAUGCUGAGCUAUUCCAGCAAUUUUCGUUUUUGAUCCAGAGACUGUCCCCUGGUCCUAGACUGACCAACCAGAGAAAACAUCCUCUCUGCAUCUAAUCACUACAGACCUGCUCGAAUUAGAUUCAUAGAAUCCUUACAGUGUGGAAACAGGCCAUUUGGCCCAACAAAUCCAGACUGACCCUCCGAAGACCCA